ACGAGUAAGACGGCAGAAGAAUGAAUCGGAAAAGGACCUGCUGCCCCCCACCAAUCCGCAUAGAUGAGGCCCCUAGUCACGCAACCGCAAUGAAGAAAUGUGUAAUUGCCUGUUCGCCUAUCGGUUAUCCAUCAACAUUCUGCUGUUCUGCUUGGCUACGAUUUUACUCAUCUUUCGCAUAUUAAGCUGAUCCAGGAUAUCACCUUCGAAAAAAUUCUUAUCAGAAAGAUAGAAAAUUGUUGUUUCUUAAUAUCUUUUAUACCUAAAAUUUCCCAAAGCGCAGUAAUAAAUGUUUGUUGAGAUGUGGAAAAGGUACAGGAAAUGGAGGUACUGUUCCAGGAUUAUCACUUAACAACGAACCUAAGCUCA